AUGAGCUUUUUCAGCAGAAACAUAAACAGCAAGGACCGUCACAAAAUACAAAUCAUAUCUAACAGUACAGCUCCGUCUUUCGAGCCGAACAAUGAAUUCGUAACAUCAAGUUGCUGCUGCUGCGGCACAAUUCUUCAGCACCCAAAGAACAUCAGCAAAUUCAGGUGCUCAGUUUGCUACGUGACAGUGGUGUUACAGGGGACUGCAUUCACGCAAGAUAAGACGGAAUUGUUCGAUCUAGAUGAUAUGCGUGAAUUACUUAGCUCCUGUAACAACACUUAUCGGGAACUUGAUAAGGACGAGAAACGUCUCAGGAAACACGAAGUUUUUCAUCUUCUUGAGGAUUAUAUUGCCACGCGCAUGGUCACUAUCUUUCCAUUAAACGCAUCUUUUGAAAGCAGCAAUCCGAGAGAGAUGUUAGAUUAUGAUCAAGUAAAGGAAUUUUACAGAAUUUUAAUGGAAUUACCCACUAAAAAACCCUUUUAUUCAUUUUUGGUUGCUUGCAAUGAAUUGUUGAAACGUCCCCACGUUGCUCUUAAUACUCCGACACCUACAAACCCGAAAUACAAGCGUAUCGGAUUAUUUAGAUGGAUUCUUAUCAUAUUGGAAGUGCCUAUUUUUAAACAGACCCUAGCGAAUGCCGAAGCUCGAUGCAAUACACCACACUUCCGGGCUAUAUCAUAUGAGGUGCUCAAAAAAGCUGUCGGAUACAUGUCAUGCUUGGACGAGGCCAGCGCAAAAGAACUAGUACAUUUCUUAAAGUAUAUGCAGAAGGAUAUUUUUGCAUCGAAGGUUGAAUUAGUGAACAUGUACAUCACUUUCCACUUCGCGAGGAUACUUCAUACAAUAGGCAAAGAGACAAACAAUGGCAAAUAUAGCCCUCAGCUAGAGGACUUCGAACACUCAGAGAAACUUAAUCCCUCUUUAAACCAGGGAAGUGCGAAGAAAUUGGUGCAUACCAAUAUGAAUAUUUUCUUUGGCGGCAUAGUCAGACCGAUGACUUCAAGCGCUAAUAGUAAGGAUAUCCUUGCACUAAAUUAUAGGUUUAGCCCUGAAGACUAUGGAAAUGAGUGGCAUAUCAAGACGGGCGCCAGACUACUCCUCUGUCUCUAUGUGGCCAAUCAGUCGGCUUACAAGUGCCCUGUGUCGAACUUUUAUAACACUAUGAUCGAUUUUGUCGACUACAAGAGAGACUUUGAGCUUUGGCAAGAUCUAAGCAAACUUUCAGCUAGUCAUGAGAAAGAAAAUAGCGGGAGUUCUGGGCCACGCUACAGCCCGGUGCAAUUCACGAUAUGCCAAUGCCCCUUUUUGUUUUCUUUGGGUAUGAAAAUCUCCAUUUUAGAGUAUGAGACAAGGAGACUCAUGGAAUACAGCGCCGAGCAGGCCUUUUUAAAGGCGCUAGACAGAAAACAAGUGGUUGAUGUCUAUCUAAAGAUACGAGUCCGAAGAGAAUUUGUUACAACCGAUUCUCUUCGGAGCAUCCAAAACCAACAGAAGGACCUUAAAAAAUCAUUAAGAAUUGAAUUCGUGAAUGAGCCUGGCAUAGACGCUGGAGGAUUACGUAAAGAGUGGUUCUUAUUACUAACAAGGGACUUGUUCAAUCCCAACAACGGUCUAUUUGUUUAUGUACCAGAGAGUAGACUAUGCUGGUUUUCAAUCAUGGAGUCAAUCGAACACGAGCUACUACAGGGAGAGGGUAGCAGCAGCGAGUUAUACUACCUAUUUGGUGUUGUCCUAGGCUUAGCAAUCUAUAACUCCACAAUAUUAGAUCUCAAGUUUCCCAGAGCUUUCUACAAAAAGAUCUGCGGAGAGGUACUCUCCGUGAACGACUUUUUAGAAUUGUACCCAGAAACCGGCACAAAUAUGCUAAAGAUGCUUGAAUAUGAUGGAGAAGACUUCGAAGAUAUCUUUGCACUUACUUUCGAAACAUGCUUUCCUGACCGUUUCGAUGAAUCAAAAAUACAUUACAGGCAACUUUGUCCAGAUGGCUCCACACAGGCCGUUACCCGCGAAAACAAACACGAGUACUUCAGACUAUGGAUGGACUUCUAUCUCAACCGCUCAAUUGCCCCAGGUUUUGAAAGCUUUCGGAAUGGCUUCUUCCACGUCAUCGAGGGCAAUUCCUUCCGUCUAUUCGGCUCCGAAGAACUCGAACAGCUAGUGUGCGGCAGCAACGAGCAGAGUCUUGACGUCAGUAUGUUGCGCAGCGUCACCCGUUACCAGGGUGGCUUUGAUGAUAAUAGCCCUGUGGUACAGUGGUUCUGGGAGAUACUCUCAGAGAUGGAGUACCCGCAGCAACGCAAGCUUUUGCACUUCGUCACCGGGUCCGAUCGCGUACCUGCCACCGGUGUAACGACUAUUCCAUUUCGAAUUUCACGCAUCCGCUCUGGGGCAGACAGGUUGCCACUAUCUCACACCUGCUUCAAUGAAAUCUGUCUUCACGAGUACAAGGACAAGGAAACCUUGCGUAAUAAGCUUAUAAUUGCGCUUGAAGAGUCACAAGGAUACGGCUUUCGGUAA